UGCAUUAACCUCGGAAUUCACAAACGUUUUCGGACAAACAAACCCAUCAAAAUUAUCCAAAAUAAAAGAAAUUUAUUACUACCAUUUCCUAGAAAACCUUCUAUCCCUGCAUUAAACCCUUCUGUAAGCGUACCCACAACUAUCAAACAGAUAAAUAUAUUUAUUGCAGAUCAUCUCUCUCUCUCUAAAAUUCCUAAUCAAUGGGCGUAGCAAUGCACGUAAAGUCGGACUCGGAGGUGACGAGCCUCGACGCGUCGUCGCCGCCGCGCUCGCCGCGGCGGCCGCUCUACUACGUGCAGAGCCCGUCGCACUCGCAGCAGCACGACCUCGAGAAGAUGUCGUACGGCUCCAGCCCCUUCGCCUCUCCCCCCCACCACUACCACUACCACUGCUCCCCGAUUCACCACUCCCGCGAGUCCUCCACCUCCAGAUUCUCCGCCUCCCUCAAGAACCCCCGCCACUCCUCCGGCGCCGGCGGCUGGCGCCGGAUGCACCGCAAGUACGACGAGGUCGGCGCCGAGGCGGAGGGGGAGGAGGAGGGAGAAGGCGAGGAUGAGAGAGAAGAUGGUGCCCAGGUGCGAUUCUACGUGGCGUGCUUCCUGCUCUCGUUUGUGGUGCUGUUUUCUAUAUUUUCUUUGAUUCUUUGGGCUGCGAGUUUCGCUUACAAGCCCACUAUAAUCGUUAAGAACAUUUUGUUUGAGAAUUUUUAUGUACAAGCUGGGAUGGAUGCCAGUGGGGUGCCAACGGAUAUGCUAACCUUGAAUUCAACGGUCAAGAUCUUCUACCGCAACCCGGCCACCUUCUUUGGCGUCCACGUCACCUCCACGCCCCUCGAGCUUCACUACUUCGACCUCAAAAUCGCGUCUGGUCAUAUGGCGAAGUUCUACCAGUCGAGGAAAAGUGACCGGAAGGUGAUAGCAGUGGUUCAAGGGCGGCAGGUGCCGCUGUAUGGAGGGAUACCGGCUCUGGCCGUUGCUAGAGGCCGCGUGGACGACAUGUCCGUGCCACUAAACCUAAGCUUUGUAAUAAGAUCGAGGGCGUACAUCUUGGGAAGGCUGGUGAAGCCCAAGUUCUACAGAAGAAUUUUGUGUGAAGUUACUCUAAGAGAUUGUGCCCUCGAAAAGCAAGUGCAAGGACCUCAAAACCACUAAACGCAUCUCGGAUUCGAGUCGGGCUUUCGGCUACCAACACUGCUUUCGUCUCAACACUGUCGCCCAGCCCGCCCUUCAUCACGGGUAGGAUCCACAAAAGGCUACAGUAAGCAAGCACGGCGGCGGAGCCAACAGCCGCGACGGAGGCCAACGAGUUGAGGUUGGGGAAGAAGUGCGCCACGAAAAUGGUGAAGCAGAUGAACACCAAGAAGCAUUCAAUCCCGGUCAAUUUGGAGGCGGCGCAGCCGGGAUUGCCGUCGCAGAUGGAUUUGAGGAACAUUUUCAUCACGGCGCCUCCCAUGAUUAUGUACAACACGCACGUGCCGCCGGAUAGGUACAUUGUUGGGAAAAUUGCUAGCAAUUUCCCUAGUUUUUCACCUAUGUUUUUUCCAUACAUAUAUUAGAGUUAGUUUUAUGAAAUGAUUAAUUAUAUAUUUUUGAGAAGAAAA